UGGAAGCAAAUGCCCUAUGACACGCUUCGUUCAAGGGUUCAAGUUGGGAGCAUGGCCUGAAUCAGUUAAGUGUUGAUCAUUUAUUUGCAUGUGUUACGGUGAAGGCAACUUGAACCUCCAUUUGAGUCAUUUUUUCCGUCUCUCUCUUUGCAUCCUUUUCACUCGUUGCAGUGUCGACAUCGAUAUAUGUUUAUCUGAAUGCCCGCUCGUUCUUUGCACGCCUCCGACUCCAACGCCGAGCCGAUUGAGGUCAACUUUCUCCGACUUCCAGCAUCGACUUGACCAGAUCGGACUUGACUUGACUUGACAUCAUUUGCUCGCUCUUUCCUUUUGGCGUUCGAGAGAGACAUGAACACCACCCAAGGACUACUUCAACUCAAGACAUCAACAUGACAGGCGAACUGCAUCUCGACCUCGACAAUGUCGAAGCCCAGAACACCGAGAUCCGGCCCGUCCAAUCACGAGCCACCGCCGCUCCCCCUUCCUCCCUCGACCUGGAGAAAACACCCACAUGUGCCGCCGAGGACUCCCAACACGACGACAACAGAGACAAAGACCGGCCAACAGCCGACCUAACACGCAUCCGAUCCCACGCCUCACACCACGACAUCCACGCCAUCCCCAGUCACACGUCCUCAUACAUUGAGAUCAACGCCGCCCAGUACGAACGCUUCACACCCCGACGCAAACUCCUCAUCACAUGUGUCCUGUCACUAUGCGGCUUUCUGGCGCCCAUCUCCAGCACGACGAUUCUCGCCGCCAUCCCCGAAGUCGCGACCACGUACCACACGAGCGGCAGUGUGAUCAACGUCUCCAACGCUCUGUAUCUCGUCUUCAUGGGCCUGUCACCGUGCCUCUGGGGCCCACUGUCCACGAUCUACGGCCGCCGCUGGAUCUGCAUCGUGACCGCGUGGUUGUUCUUCGCCUUCAGCAUCGGCACCGCGCUCGCGCCGAACCUCGCCUCGUACUUCAUCUUUCGCAUGUUGACCGCGUAUCAGGGCACCAGCUUCCUGAUCGUCGGGACCAGUUGUCUGGGCGACAUCUACACGCCGACCGCGCGCGCCACCGCCCUGGGCUGGUUCCUGUCCGGCACGCUGAUCGGCCCGGCGUUUGGACCGUUCAUCGGCGGCAUCAUCGUCACGUUCCGCAGCUGGCGCGACAUCUUCUGGCUGCAAGCCGCGCUGGGCGGACUGGCCGCCGUGCUGGUCGUCUUUGUCCUGCCCGAAACGAUCCCGGACAAAAAAAUCGACGAGCUGCGCGAGUUGUCCCGCAAGGACAGACUGGGCAGGAUCGCCCACUGGGUCAGCCCGUUGCGUGUCGGCGUCUUGUUGUUCUCGUACCCGAACCUGAUCGUCGCGGGCGUCGCGAGCAGCAGCCUCGUCUGGAACAUGUACAGCCUCCUCACGCCCAUCCGCUACGUGUUGAACCCGCGCUUCCACCUGACGAGUCCGAUCCAGAGCGGCUUGUUCUACAUCGCCCCGGGCUGUGGGUAUCUGCUGGGCACCUUUUUCGGAGGCAGGUGGGCCGAUCACAUUGUCAAGAAGUGGAUUCGGAAGAAGGGCAGGCGCGUGCCGGAAGAUCGGCUGCGCAGUUGCUAUGUUUUCGUCGGAGGCGUCAUCCCGGCGUGCAUGCUGAUCUACGGCUGGAGCGUCGAAAAGGAGGUCGGCGGCGUCCCGUUGCCCGUGGCCGCCAUGUUCGUCCAGGGUGUCGCGCAAUUGUUUGCCUUUCCGAGCUUGAACACGUAUUGUCUGGAUGUCAUGCAGGCCAAAGGCCGGAGCUCCGAGGUCGUCGCGGGGAACUAUAUGAUCCGCUAUGUCUUUGCGGCCGCGGGGAGCGCCGUCUGUUUGCCGGCCAUCGAAGCCAUCGGCGUGGGUUGGUUUAGCACGAUAUCUGCCGGUUUCUUGGUCGUGAGUGCUUUUAGUCUCUGGGCCACGACGGUAUGGGGAGAGGGAUGGCGACGGGCCGUGGACCAGAAAAAGAGGAGGAAGAGGGAGGCUAGGGAAAAUGAGAAGCACGAGGCCAAGGGUGGUCAGGUCGGCGUUUGAGAAAUCCUCUGCGACGUACGGAGUAGUCUUAUCGAUGAUGGAAUGGAAUUGCUCGUUUUUCGGGAAUCUGGCACGUGUCUGGGUGGUUGGGGGUGCAUCAGGUGUCUCUCAAAAGGAUGAGGUUUCAGUCCUCAGGAGAAUGUUGACCUGAGUUUGGAUACCACGUGAAGUCUGAAGAUAAAACGGACUGGGCAGAUCCGCCGCUUGAUAGAAUUGAGCGGAUUGCAAAGGUCAAUGACGAGCAACGAGACUCAUGAGUAUAGAUAGACAUAGAUUCAGUCAUGCGCGUCUUUGACCACGCAAACAUGGCAUUUUCAUGAAGAAAAGAAUCCCGAGACCA